AUGGCCAACGGCCCAGGCGCCUCCACAGCAAACCCCUUCGAAGAGCCCGUUCGACAGAUCAACGAGUAUACCGCUCAAGACAUUGCUACUCUACAAUCACGGCUUGAUAGGCAAUUAGGACCAGAAUACAUCUCGGCACGACCUGGCGCUGGCGGGCAGAAAGUACACUAUCUCUCAGCGGAUAAGUGCAUCAACCUUGCCAAUGAGGUUUUCGGGUUCAACGGCUGGUCCAGCUCUAUUCAAAAAGUUGACAUUGACUUUAUCGAAGAGAAUGAAAACACAGGCAAAGUUUCCCUUGGGAUUUCAGUCAUUGUACGAGUGAUAUUGAAAGACGGGACGUUUCACGAGGAUAUCGGUUACGGUCACAUCGAGAACUGCAAAGGCAAAGCAGCAGCAUUCGAAAAAGCAAAGAAAGAGGGGACGACAGAUGCAUUAAAGCGCACACUGAGAACAUUUGGAAAUGUUCUGGGGAACUGUGUCUAUGAUAAGGACUAUCUUUCUAAGGUUACCAAAGUGAAAGCUGUACCGUCCAAAAAAUGGGAUGUCAAUGACCUUCAUCGCCAUCGGGACUUUGCGCCUAUCAAAAAGGAGCCUGUUCAACCAAAGCAGGCUACUGAGGAUGAUGAUUUGCCCCCCGUGCGCCCUCCCGCACCGGCAAGGAGCAGCAAUACAAGCAAUGCUAUCAUCGAGGGCGAUGGCGAAUUUGGCAGUGAUCUAUUCGAUGAAGCUGACUUUGUGGUAUCUGCCUCAAAUGGAAACCCCGAUGAAAUCUCUUUAGACCCAGAACCCUCACGUCAAGUUCAACAACCACCAACGCCUAUGAAUCGUCCCAUUCCUCCAAGAGGGCCGCCUGCAGGGCGGUGGGACCAAAGCGCUGUGACGCCGUCGAAGCCAGAAAGAUGGAACGGGGGAAAUGCAGGCGCGAGACAGUCAAUGCCACCGAAUGCGCGACCAAACCCGGUAGCCAUGCCAGACCAAAGACGCCAAAUUCCUGGACCUGGCCAGCUCAAUAAUGUGCAGAACGCAAGACCUCCAGUGCCGCCUCAGCAACGUGGUCCUGAUACUGCCAUGCAGAAUUACAAUGCACAGGUCCCAGUGAAGCGAGAGCCAGUCGCAGUUCCUUACAAUGAUCCAAAUCAGUUGCCCCCCGGUUCUCAAUCGGUUGGAUUCUACUCUGCUAGAGUGGCUGAUACGCUACGUGAUAACCCUAAUGCGGUCCCUCUUCCGGGUACUCAAUUUGACCCGCACGCGGAAAGCCCAUCCAUUCGAAAAACUGCUGGUGUGGAUCAUACCAAAAGUGUCCCUAUCACCAGGCCAAUGCUCAAAACCGCUUCACCAGCGCCCAAUAACUCGAGAGAUUUUGUCAACCCAGCAACUGAUCUGCAGCGUAAGGUCGGUGCUCCAGGUGGUCCGGUUGGUGGAAUCGCCAGCCCAUUGUCUCGAGGUCCAUCAACAUCAUCCUACCGCCCUUUGACCCGCCCAAAUAUCGAUGCUAGGAAUACAAUGAAUCCCGCAGGAAUGAAUCGAGGGAGCGUACCGCCCCAAAAUAAUCCCAACGGGAAGCGCCCUCCUUUGAACGAUGUUACUAACGCUACCACAUCGCCUGGUACAAAUGCUGCGCCUAUUGCCAUGGGUCAGAAUGACCCCAAGCGACCCCGAGUGUCAGAUGUGGCCCCUGGGCAGCAGCAAGCGCAAGCUCCACAAUAG